CCCCCUCCUCCUCCAUCCUCUUAUUCUUUCCCCCCUUACCUUUGCCAUGGCUCUCGAGUUGUAUGUCUGGGGUCCGGCGCUUGGCCUCGACUCGAUCGAUCCCGAGUGCUUAGCUGCCGUCGCUUGUCUCCGUCGGCUCGUUCCUCGCGGAGACUGGUCCUUAAUCGCCAGCAACGACGCUACCGCCGGUCCGGGUUGCCGUCUCCCGGCGCUGAGCCACAGUGGCGUUUGGACUUCCGGAUAUGCCAACAUCCUCUCGUAUCUAGCUCGGCAUGGCAUUUUUCACAUUGACGACGGCCUCACCACGCUACAGAAAGCCGAUUCCCUAGCCUACGCCUCGUUUCUGGCAACUCGCGGCGCUGGUCUAGUUGCCAUGUCGCUCUACGUCUCCCCUAGGGCGUGGGCCGAGAUUACCCGGCCAGCCUACUCAUCCCUGCUCCCCUUCCCCCUAACGUGGACGAUACCGUCGGCCGUCCGUGCCGCUGCUGUUCAAACCGCUGAGCAUCUAGGUAUCGGCCACCUGGCUGCUGAGGUCGACGCCGAGGAACCUCUCCCAUCUAGCGGUAUAGCUGAGACCACCACCACCGGAUUUCUCCGACUCCGGCAUCGUCUAGGGCCUAGCCGCACCAUGCAGCCCGAGCAUGCGGCCUCCAUCCGCUUUCAGCACUUUGCAGAGGAUUUUUAUCAUGUCAUGGACCAGCUCCGAGGGGACAAGAAAUUCUUCCUGCAGGAUGAUAAGCCGUCGUCGCUUGACUUCUUAGCGUAUGGUUACCUACAAUUAAUGCGUGUGCGCACGCCGCAUCCUAUCCUCAAGACAGCGCUAGAGAAGUCCUACAGUCGCCUAGCGGGAUUCUUGAGCGAGAUGGAGGCCUUUGAGCACGGUCAGGAUCUGCCUUGGCGGGAACCUGCACCUCGUGGCGCACUAGGCCUGAUCAGUAGCUUCGCUGCAGGAUCCCUGGAGGCAGUCCCCGGCGUUGACAAUGGCUGGCGGAAGUGGCGCGACGGUGGUGUCCAGGAGGGCUGCGGAGGCGAUGGCGCGAGUCAUCCCACGCAGGUGGUCGUCGCCAUUGGGGGAGCUGUGGCGAGCGUGGUCGCCCUGUGCGUCGUAGCGCUCUUUCGUGCACUAUCCCCGUUCGGUGCGAGCACACAUCGUUUCGAACAGAUUAAAGAAAAUGAUGCCAACGAUACCGGCCUCAAAAAGUUCGGAGAGGUGGGUAUGCUUCUGGAUGGGCUUCCGGUAUGGGAGUUGCCCGAGGUCGCUCCCCCGCCCUCCUCCUCUCCAAGGUAGGGUGGCCCACGUGUCCGACGUAAGGGAGUGGCGCGAACGUCGACGGCGAUAGCAACGACGGCAUUCGCGGCUGAGCCUGGCGGCCCUCUCGGGAAAAUGGGGUGUGUGUGGGUGGUAUGUCUUGUCUGAUGGGCUGAGUUCCGACCCCUAGUUAGACAAGCGUUGAGGGUGUGGUGGCUAUUUGGGAGUUGUCUUGCGAAG